AAACGUAGCAAGCUUUGUCUUGGACUAGACUAACUUAUACUUACAAUAUCAUAUAUUAGUAUCUUAUGAAAUAAUAAAACAAAAAUAGUAUAAUAAAAUAUGUCUUGCUUAUGCCAAUAUUUGAAUACAACAACGGAAGCCGGCCAAAAAAUGCAUAUAUAUCCUGUAACUUCAAAUGAUGAUACAGAGGAUAAUCCCGAAGCAAAUUCAGACGAUUCAAAAGUUGUGAAAAUUCUCGAUGCAAGUGAUUUGGCUCGUACUUGUGCCGAGAAUUGGUUAUUGAAAAAAAAACUCUUCGAGUAUGAGGUGACCAUAGAGAGUUUGGAGCAGCUUGUUACCACCAUAGUGGAUAAGCAGCACGAGAUCUUGGGUGAAAUGUUUCGUUUGCAAGCAGAGAACAGUGAACUAAAGACGGAAUGCCAUCAGCAGAGGGAAUAUCAUACCAUGGAGAGAAAUGCUCUAAUCAAGGAAUUGUAUGAUAUUCAAACAUUUUAUAGCCAGAAAAUUCAAUUGGCUUUUGAGCAGAAGAAACAGAAAGAACAAGAACAGAGCGUCAAAGAUGAAGAAAGUGAAGAUGAGUCGGAAAGUAAUGAGGAAUCAUCUAUUGCUUCAUCUGAUGAUGAUCCUUCGGAAACUGAUUCCAUUGCAAGUACUGCAAGUACUUCACCCUGUUCAACCGAUUCAGAGAAUGAAUCAAGCGAAACCGAAGAGGAAAGUUCUCUUACCGAAAGUGAGAGCGAUUGAACUGUAUUUGCAAAGUUUCUAAGUAAAAUAUUUAUUUUCUAGUAUUUCAACUUUAA